AUGUUUCGUCGAUCAAGGUUUAGUAUUCGGCCCAAUGUCGGUACGGCAGGCAGAACAGCAGCAACACCUCAGGAGGCACCUUCAUCUAACCAGGAGUCCAGUGAGACCCCCAGAGACAUCAGUGAGAGCAGCACUCCCACUGCUGUGACAGAUACCACAUCUGACGGGACUCCAUCUGAAAAAGCGACCACCCCAGGGGAUGGCAAUGACCAAAAUGCGGAAGGGGCCAGCUCCUCGGCUGCAGUCCAGAGAAGGAAGCGGUUUACUGUCAAACCCAAAGUGGUUCCUGGCCGCCCCUCCACCCUCUCUAGGACAUCCAAGUCCCCCGCCAAGGCAGUCGCUGAAACUCCCAUUGAAACCCCCGUGUCAGACCUUGAUAAGCCAUCAUCAUCUAUCCAAAGUGGGACAACGGCUGCCCCUCAAGGACUCCAGUCCCCGAGGCGAAGAAGGGGUUCGGAGGAGAGCAGGCAGCCCAAAGUGCAGCCAAAACCAACCCCUGACUCCUCUGAGCCUUCAGCUGUCCCUCCCCCUGAGGAAUCACUAGAACAAACCGAUCAGCCCACAGACAGUGGCAAACAAUUAGAAAACAAGUCAGGCAGCCAAGUUAAAGAAGUUCCUCCCAGACCACCAGAUAAAGAACCCGUCUCUCUACCAGACAGAGAAGCAGAUGAAAUAUCUGAGAGGGCCAAGACUCUAGUGUCAUCUAAGAGUGGACUUUCAUUGUCACCUUCAGCGCUGUCUUUGAGCAGACUCCUGAAUGACCCAUCGGAUUUACAGAGGCUAGCCAAGGCCCAGAAACUUAGAGAGUUACUCAGACAGGAGAGGCACAAAGAAAAGAAACUCAAAAAAGUGAAGCCGUAUUUAAAGGAAUAUACUUUAGAUCCCACCAAAAUGACCAUGAGGGACCUUAUCCAUUAUCUACCACUGUCCAACCCCAUGACAUCUAGUUCGGAAGACAUAGCUCAGGAGAAUGAGACUGUGCUCCCACCUUCACCACAAAGAGAACAGUCUCCAGACACAGUGCAGGAACCUGAAGCUCCCCCUGAACUGCCGAGCACAAGGGAGGAUGAAGAGGAGAUGGCAGAGGAAGAGGAUGAUGACGCAUUCAUGGUUCCUCAGGUCAAAGUAGCAGAGGAUGGCUCUCUCAUCAUUGAUGAAGAGAGCUUGACGGUGGAAGUCCAGCGAGCAAAAGGGCCAAACCCAGCACAGGAUCGAGAUCCCAUCUUUGAGCGUGGCUCCACGACAACUUACUCAAGCUUCAGGAAAAGCAGCUAUACAAAACCCUGGUCCAGUGAAGAGACAGACAUGUUCUACCUGGCAGUCAGUAUGGUGGGGACAGACUUUUCCAUGAUUUGUCAACUGUUUCCUCACAGAGCUCGAUCAGAGAUAAAGAAUAAAUUCAAAAAAGAGGAGCGAGCGAAUUCCUGGAGGGUUGACAAAGCGUUUAGAGAGAGACGCAAGCUGGACAUUGAGUAUUUUUCUAAGCUUCUCGAGAAAAUUUUGGAGGUUCAGGAAAACAGGAAGAAACUCAAGUCACUUGCUAAGAAGAACUCCCCCAAGAAGUCAAAGAGAAAGGCUAAGGGCAAAAAAGCUGCAAGAACGCUGAGUGAUGUGGAGGAAGAAAAUGAGGAGGAUGCCAAUAAAGUUCCCAGUUUGGAGGAUGAGGAGGAAGGAGAGAAAGAGAACGAGAAUCUCUGUAAUGAAGGAGGAACCCCUGUUUCCAAGCCUAAGAGACCAAGCAAAAGAAAGGCUAAACAGGCAGCUGUGAAUGAGGAACCAAAUGAUAAGAAGAAGAAAACUGGUGAAAAGAGCAAUGAACAAGGGGAGGCCUGCAUACCUGAAGACCCUGAGGCAGCUCUUCCCGAAGUCCAAACUACUUCAGACAUGUCUGAAAAGACUGAGGACUUGAAUGCAUCCAAGGACACAGCAAUCAAGCCAGCUAAACUUUCCCGGGGCAGAGCACCAAAGCCGCUACUGCCUUUGGGGCGAAAGUGGAGUAAAAAGCGUCCACCAGACUCAAAAAAGGCCAAAGAUACUGCCUCAGAUAAAGAAGACGAGAGCUUGACUGAUGGAGCCUCUAAGGAGCAGGUAAAUCAAGAUUCAUCACCUUUAAGAGAGGACAAUGAGAGGAUGUCAGAUGAGGCUCACGUUUCCUCUGAAGAGGAGGAUGUCACCGCUCAGCCUCCGAGACCUACCAGAUAUGGAAGAGUGCCCAAACCCACCAAGCCUCUGAAUUACCCUGCCAAAGAAGAUGCACACACCUCUGCGUCCGAUGCUACCCCUGCCUCACCAGGGAGGUCUGCUGCUUCUGCUGCCAAGCCUAAACCCAAAUGCACGGCCAAGAGGGGGAGACCCUCAAAGCAACAAUCAGCCCAGCAGUCCAAAAAGCCCAAACUAGUCACGCUCAGGAGCUCUCGGUCAGAAUUCAGCGAUGACGAGGAGGAAAAACAGCAGGAUCAGGAAGAGGUAGAGGAGGAGGAAUACCCUGUGUGUAGCCCCGGUGAGGACAGCACUGCCCCUGUGUUUGUGCCUGCCAGCCUGCGCUCCCCACCUCCUGUGAUUUCGGAGGUGGAAGAGACUAUGGAGGAGCUUGAUAUUUUGGCCAAUAUGCCUGAUGUGUUGGGCCUCUCCCAACUGUGCCCUGAUUCCUCAUUCGAGCUGGUGCAAAAUGAGACAGGCACAGCUGAACCAUGUGAACAUCAGUUGGACCUGCUGGUUGACGUUAUAGAUUUCCUCUCUUCAGAACACACAGAAGUAAAUGAAGACGAGAGCUACAAUGAAGCUGCUCAAACUCUGUUGACCAUUGGCAACCUAACUCAACUCUCAGCACAGAAUCAAAUAGUCACACAAGAUAACACAGGGACAACAUCAGUCGGUGCAGAACAAACCGAACCAUACCUGGGAGGUGCUGACCAAGAGGAAAACUAUGACAUUCAUAUCAUGUUUGGUCAUGGAGACGCAGAAACAUCAGAAAUUAUUGCUACUGUGGAGCCACAACAAGGCACAACAGACAGUGGUGAUGCUCCAGUGGUUGAAAGCAGUGAUCAACCAUGUGGUGGCCAGAACACUGUGUCUUUUACAGAUUGUAGCCCUCAGUUUGAGUCAAGUCCAGAGAUUGCAAAGAAACAUUCUCCUCAGACUAGAAAAGGACACUGUUCCAAGGUGAAACCUAACCUAGGCGGAGGCUCCAGGACUGAACAGCCCAAAUCCCAAUCAGAUACAUCAACAAAACAGGAAACUGAAGAGAGCAACACAGAAGCUUCCAACAUUCAAGUCACUGAAUCACCAUCAGCUCCUGAAGGAACAACCCCGAAGAUACUAGAAUAUUCUUCAACAUCAUCAAUAGAUGACAAGUCCUCUACUAAAGUUGAACACACAGAAGAGCUGUGUGUCACUCAGGACAGUUCAGGUACAGCAGCAUUCGACCAAAGUGCCUCAGAACACCAGAGUCACUGCUUUUCUGAAGCCCAGUUUGAACCCAGUGGAGAAGCUACCAGAGACAUGACAUUUGAGUCGUCAGAUCAGAGUUUCUCUAAUAAUUUAGCAGCAUCUGAAACAUCAGAUUCUGUUCCAGUUCACAAAGGGAGUCCACAUUGUGCGGCUUUCAUCACACCUGUAGACGAUGUACCUGUCAGUCAGAAAGAAGAGGCUGAAGUUGCAUCUACUUGCCAGAUCAGGAGAGGGCGAUCUCAAAAAGUAAAACCCAAACCAGUCCUAGCACAGACAAAAAGAACAGCUCGAUCCAAACCUCAAACUACAGUAGAGAAAGACCCCAGCCCAGCUCCAGUCCCACAAAUCCAUGAAAAAACAAUAGUGGAAGUAGAACAAGAAGCAACCUGUGGCAUGACUCCUGAGAAAGUUAUUCACAGCACCAGUCCUACUGCCGCUAUGAUACCACUGUUUGAUUCAGGCUCUGCUUUUACACCCACAAAAGAACUGUCUACAACUGAGGAGAAAAGUACAGGAGCUGGAUUGGAUCAGAGUGUCUCACAAAACCAGAUCCUCACUCAACCCAGUGACAGAGGCACUGGGUCAACAUCAGGAUCCACAGAUGAAAAAAUGGCAACUUGUGAUGAAGCAACUGAAAGUAGUGAUAAACUAGCUACAUCUAUCAUAGAAUCACAAGUUGGGCAAGACUCGGCCCCAGUCCAAGAGAGCAGUGACCAUACUCCUCCAUCUGUUACACUUGUAGACGAUGUACCUGUCAGUCAGAAAGAAGAGAGUGAAGUUGCAUCUACUUGCCAGAUCAGAAGAGGACGACCUCAAAAAGCAAAACCCAAACCAAACCUAGCACAAACAAGAACUGUUCGAUCUAAACCUGAAACUACAAAAGCCACAGUAGAGAAAGACCCCAGCCCAGCUCCAGUCCCACAGAUCAAUGAAAAAACAAUAGUGGAAGUAGUGCCAGAGGCAACCGGCAGCGCCUCUCCUGAAAAACCAAGUCAUAGCACUGGUCCUGCUGCAGCUUUGAUACCAUCAUUUGAUUCAGGCUCUGUUCUUACACUCACAAAAGAACUGUCUAAAACUGAGGAGAAAAGGACAGAAGGUGGAUUGGAUCAGAGUGUCUCACAAAACCAGAUUCUCACUGAACCCAAUAUUAGAGACACUGGGUCAACAUCUGGAUGCACAGAUGAAAAAAUGGCAACUUGUGAUGAAACAACUGAGAGUAGUGAUAACCUGGUAACAUCUGACUCAGCUGUCACGAAAUUACAAGUUGGGCAAAACUCAGCUCCAGUCCAAGAGAGCAGUGGCCAUCCUGCUCCAUCUGUUACACUUGUAGACGAUGUACCUGUCAGUCAGAAAGAAGAGAGUAAGGUUGCAUCCUCUUGCCAGAUCAGGAGAGGACAAUCUCAAAAACUAAAACCCAAACCAAACCUAGCACAGACAAGAACUGCUCGAUCUAAACCUCAAACUACAAAAGCCCCCGUAGAGAAAGACCCCAGCCCAACUCCAGUCCCCCAAACUAGUCCUGCUGCAGCUAUGAGACCAUCGUUUGAUUCAGGCUCUGCUCUUGCACCCACAAAAGAACUGUCUACAACUGAGGAGAAAAGCACAGAAGGUGGAUUGGAGCAGAUGGCAACUUGUGAUGAAGCAACUGAAAGUGGUGAUAAACUAGCUACAUCUGUCACAGAAUCACAUGUUUGGCAAGACUCAGCUCUAGUCCAAGAGAGCAGUGGCCAUCAUUCUCCAGCUGUUACACCUGUAGACGAUGUACCUGUCAGUCAGAAAGAAGAGAGUGAAGUUGCAUCUACUUGUCAGAUCAUUAGAGGACGAUCUCAAAAAGCAAAACCCAAACCAAACCUAGCACAGACAAGAACUGCUCGAUCUAAACCUCAAGCUGCAAAAGCCACAGUAGAGACAGACCCCAGCCCAGCUCCAGUCCCCCAAAUCCAUGAAAAAACAAUAGAAGUUGAACCAAAAGCAACCAGGAGCACCUCUCCUGCUUCAGUCUUGAUACCACUGUUUGAUUUAGGCUCUACUCUUACACCCACACAGGAACUCUCUACAACUGAGGAUAAAAGGACAGCUGAUGCACUUGCUGGUCAAGUGUACGCACAAAACCAGAACAUUUCUGAAACCAGUAACAUAGACACAGGGUCAACAUCUGGAUCCACAGAUGAAAAAAUGGCAACUGGUGAUGCAGUUUCAGUCCAACAGAGCUGUGCCCUCCCUGCUUCAUGUGUUAAACCUGAAGAUUUACCAGUCAGUCAGAAAGGAGAGAGGGAAGUGGCAUCGACCUGUCAGAUCAGGAGAGGGAGAGCUCCAAAAGUCAAACCCAAACCAAACCUAGCACAGACAACAAGAACCCCUCGGUCUAAACCUCAAACCACAAAAGAACCUGUCAUGCAUGUGCAGCUUGUGGAGACACCCUCCAGCCCAACUUUAAAGCCUCAGUCCACUGAGAAGACAACAGCAGAUACAGAAGCUCCGCCAAUUUGCAGCAUCUCGCUUCCAAUUCAAAGUACUGAAACUUCUUCUGUACAAUCACUGGAAUUAUGCUCUACUCAUAAACCAACAGAGGAAUCAUCUACACAUAUGGAACAAAAAACAGAAGUUGGACCAAACGCAAUCUCAGAGAUUUCAGAACCAAAUGUACGUCAAAGAAGACAACAGUUUCCCAAAGUCAAACCCAACUUAGCCUCAUCCACCACAACUGCACGGACAAAACUGCAGCCGAAGAAAAUCAGCGAACCCUCAGAUAUGGACACCUCUUCAAAUGUAACAUCAGAACCACCACCUGUGGACAGUUCACUAACAGAAGUGAAACUGGUAGAGGAGGACUUCAAGCUCUUGACAUCAACACAGUGUCCGUUAAAUACAGAACCCAGUUCAACAAAAUCUGCACCUGCAGAGUCGGAAAAGACGGAGGGUACAUCCUCUGAUAGUAUUGUCGUGGCAACAUCAUCGGUUGCUGAGAAUCAGUAUUUGUUGACAAACACAAUCACUGAAAGCGAAACCAGUGAAAUGUCCACGGGGGACAAAAUGUCAAAUAAUGACAGCAUGAAGACUGAGCCUGCUUCACAAGUGUCGGAUUCAAUUACAGCUUCAGAUCCUCAGUCUCCAGAAGGUGGCUCCACAGAGUCAAAAAUAUCAUCGGGUUUGGCCUCGAAUGUCUACUCCAUAACAACCAUCCAUCCAACAGAGAGCGGCCCACAGUCAUGUCCAGAAGGUGACUCAGAAGUAAAAAGUCAAGAAGCAAUCCAGCAAUGUUCAGAAACAAGAGCAACUCAUCAAACAUCUAGUGACAAAUCUCAAUCUGCCUCAAGCACUGAUCGUUCUCAGUUAGAACUCACCGACUCUUCCAAGUCUUCAAAAAAAGGCCCUCAAAGUCGAAGAGGAAGGCUUAUUAAUCCCAAACCCAACCUCGGACGCUGCAGUCGGCCUCAACAACCCCAACAAGUCCAGAACACAGCACAGGCAGAAGCAGAAGGUGUUGAGGCUUCGGUUUCCCUCAACCCUGUGUCUGAACUCCGACCUGACAUUCAAGAUCCAGUAGAGGGAGCUGUUGAAUCAAAUAGUAACCAAGAGUCCUGCCCAAAGCAGAGUGACUCCCAUUCACUUGAUGCUGUGUCCUCUCUGGGCUGUGUGACACAAACAGUGGACAAUUCUUCUCAGAACACGUCCACAUUUGGCACAGAGGGGACCCAAAGUCAUCCAUGUCUCCAAUUAUUCCCAGACUUGACGUCAGAGCAGAUGCCUUCAGAUCCAGAUGAACCGUUUUUCAUCCUCUCACUGAGUGAAAUCCCAGUCUGCUCAUCUGGGGAGGUGAUGGACAGUGCAGCGGAGCCCUUACCCUAUCUUCCUGAUGGAUAUGCACCAAUGCAGCCACAGAGUGUUCCUGGAGAGAGUCUGGCACCACAGGAAGACACGUCUCUCUCUAAUGUCCCUGUGUCCAUGUCAGUGGAGGAGAGUAGUGAAAUGGGCUUCCUCAGUGGAAGAGAUGAAGGGCGGGACUCGGCUGUACAAAAAGAUUCGGUCAUGGAGAAUCGAGAGGAUCCACAGGAGACAGUCCAGCCCCCAACGUUACCAGAAACUGUAGAGAAGACUGCUAAGACUGAAACCAACCUUAGAAAGAAGAGGAUAUCAGGAACUGGAAGAAGAGCCAAAGUGCAGGUGAAGCCCAAUACUUCAAAGAAGACACAAGCCAGCAAAACUGUUGCUGUAAACACCAACCAGGACUCAGGCCUUCCUGGUCCUUCCACGCAGGCUGAAGCUUCUGAUGCAAAAACAACUGCGGGCAAGGUCGAGGCCACUGAGCCACAGAAGAGAAGUGGUGACCAUGUAGACAUAGGACAGGAGACUCCGUCGGUUGGGAAGAGCCCAGAGGACAGAAGUCCAAGAGAACAAACUGGGACAAUAAAGACCAGUGGAACUAGAAAAUCCGGUGAUUUCCCUUCUUUCCUCUCGGACAAGAACAGCAGCGACCUUCCUUGUGGCGAAGCAGCUUCCAAGGACCGUAAGGUCAAAACUGCACACACCAGAAAACACUCCACCUCGACUUCUGCAGCUUCAACAUCACCCGCUGUGACUCCCACACCUGCUCACACACAGCAGCCAGAGGAACCCAGCCAUUCAGCCUCUUCUUCCACUUCAGCAGCACUAACUCAGUGUGCAGCUAAGGUUUCAGCUCCGCAGCAAAGUGUGGAGAGCAGUGCUACAGAGGUGGAGCCCACCAGUGUGUCUCAGUACUUCUUAAGUGAUAUUUUUACUGAAGUGGAGUAGGGAUGAAAGCCAGAGUGAGGUGGAGUGAGAGGAAGAACCUGCCAGUAGCUCAGCUUUUUCUUCAUUAUGUUUGUGUAGAGUUUUCUCUGUCAAGAUUUAUUUAUAACAGGCUUUCCUUUUUGCUGUUGUGAAGCUGAAUUUACUAUAUUUACAAAAACUUUUCCACUUUCACAAGCAUUUUGAAUGUAUAAACAUUAUACAAUUGUAUGUUUACAACAUAGACUGUAUAUAAAGAUGCAUCCUCACAUCCUCCCACUUCAGAAACAGAGAUAAAACUACCUGGAUAUGAACGCUACUAUUUUAUGGCAACAGAAAAAUGAGCACUUGGACAUGCAUUAGUGUGAUAAGGACCUAAAAUGACAGAAACCAUAAUUUAUGAAAAUUGAUUGAUGAGUACUGAAGCUGUGUUCAAUCCUGUGUUGCAUCCUUUUGAGGACAUACGUAGCACAUAAAGAUUACCUCCAUGGUGGGUCGCGCAGACCAUGGAGGUCAAACUGAAAUAACCCGGUCUGUUCUACAGUGGAUUUCCAUGUUCUGCAUCACCAGCUUGUCCUGCCCUUAUUGCUGUUGCCUAGCAACAGGGCUGCAAUUGGACAUGAAAGUGUCAAUGUCCCUCGGUGUUUAAACUCAUUUGCUGUUGGCUGUUUGUUGAGUUGAAGCAUGGUACUCAAGCAUUGGAUGUCUCUAUGCCAUUACCUUUUUGAAAAAUGUUGUGUCACUGAAAGCCCAAUGAAUCCUGGGAUAGUUUGGGCCGGGAAAGAUGCACGUAUUGCAGCCUUCCUAUCUCUAGUGAGGGACGCAUUUGUUAGCAGCAUUUUAAGGAGCCUUAGAAGUGGGACAGUUUAGCUGCGCCGCUGUGACACAAUCACUCUUCAAAUGCAGCCUUCUGUUUGACUUUUAUUUUGGUCCACGACCCAUCCAUUAAUGAGGAGAAGGUGGGGUUUAUGACCAGUUCUGCAGCCAGCCACCAGGUGGUGAUCUAGACGCUUUUGCUUCACUUUUGGGUAAAUAACCAGUUUGACUGAAGGAGGCGGCAGCUUUUUCUCAACAGUUCAUUGUGUUUUGAGCCUCAAAUAUCUCAAUUUGUUUAUCAACAGCUAUGUUCAUGUAAAUAUUGUAGAAUAACAGAGUUCUUUAAAUGUUUGCCCAUAUUGCUUUCCAGACCACAACAUGGGUGACACAACUAGAUUAGUUGAUAUUUUGUAUAGUUGUACAUUAAAACGCGCUAUGUUUUUAAUCUUAAUGCGCAUGUCUUUUUCUGUGUUCAUUUUUAAUAAUUUAUUUUAAUCUGAACCA